UGGCUGUACAGUUCAGAAAAUUGUUUUCUAGUAACUAGCUACUAAUGUUUAUUGAGACAUUUCCAGUCUCGCAUGCUAAACAACAGAUAUAUACUUUGUAGUACAACUAUAAUUCAACUGUAUUAAUAACGUAUCUAGGGGUCUAGCUUCCUUUCACGUGCUUUCACGUGCCAGUUUGGAAUGUAUCGGCGCGGCGGGGGCAAGAGGGACCACAACAAUAAACCGGUGAAGAAGGAUGAGAGCGACAGCAAUAAAUACGCAGAGCUUCUGGUGUUCGGCUAUGCCUGCAAGCUGUUCCGGGACGACGAGAGGGCUCACUUCCACGAGCAGGGCAAACAGCUCAUCCCAUGGAUGGGGGACAAGAACAUCCUGAUUGAUAGGUACGAUGGGCGUGGUCACUUGCAUGAUCUCUCAGAGUACGACGCAGGUUCGUGGAACAGAGACUACCAGCUAUCCGAGGAGGAGGCCAGAAUUGAGGCUCUUUGUGAUGAGGAGAGAUACCUGGCUAUGCACACAGACCUACUGGAGGAAGAAGCCAGACAAGAGGAAGAGUACAAACGUCUCAGUGAAGCUCUUGCUGAUGAAGGCACCUAUAAUGCAGUCGGCUUCCGUUACAGUGCCGACUAUUACGACCCUUCUCAACCAACUGAGGAAGAAGAUGCCAACAGAGAGACCGGCUCUACCCAUUUAGAAGAAACAGAGACGCAGGAGAGUGAGGAGCCCUUUGUUGCACCCCCAGGCCUGGCGAUCCCCCCUGAUGUGGAGCUGCCAGCAACCACUAAAACCCAUGCCAUCAUUGAGAGGACGGCCAACUUUGUGUGCCUGCAAGGGGCCCAGUUUGAGAUUGUUUUGAAAGCCAAACAGUCUGGCAACUCACAGUUUGACUUCCUGAACUUCGAACACUACUUGAACCCCUACUAUAAACACAUCUUGAAGGCCAUGAAGGAGGGCCGCUACCUCCCCGCCACCAGCAAGCAGGAGUCGCAGGACUCUGAUGAUUCUGACGAUGAUGAUGGGGAUGGCAACUACCUCCACCCUAGCUUGUUUGCUCCUAAGAAGAGCACUCGCCUUGAGGAGCUGAUGAAGCCCCUCCAAGUAAUGGACCCAGACCAUCCACUGGCAGCGCUGGUCCGGAAAGCAAGGCAGGAACAGAACGGAGGUGCCGUUGCCACUGCAUCUACUGCCAUGGCGACCAAGCCAGAGGAAGUGCCAGCAGAGCCAGCUGUGUCCACCGCAGCCGCAGAGUACCCAGCUGACCCUAACAUGGCAGCGAUGUAUUAUGGGUACUGCAUGCUUCCUGAUGGGACGUACUGCCUGGCCCCGCCUCCCCCAGGGAUUGAUGCCAACGCCUACUACAGCUCCCUGCCCUCUGGUAGCAUGAUGGCUCCACCAUCUUCCUCUGGAGCCCCUCCUCCUCCAGGGACAACACCACCACCUGAGCCAACUACACGGAUCAUCUACACAGCACCUCCGACUACAUUUCCCGUCAACCCACCACCAACUACAGUUACCAUGAUCUCAUCACCAACUUCAGUUCCCAGCCAGGUCCCAGUCCGCAUCUCAACCCCUCCUCCUGCUCCUGUUAUACCUGCUGCUGUCAUACCAGAUAACAGUUCACGACCCAAGGCUCCAGUUGCCGUGUCAGCUCCAGUUACUGGGGCAGCGGCUGCCAUCAUCCCCCCGCCCCCUGACAUUCAACCAGUUAUUGACAAGCUGGCUGAGUAUGUGGCCAGGAACGGUGUCAAGUUUGAGACCAGUGUCCGGGCCAAGAACGACCCACGGUUUGAUUUUCUGCAAUCUUGGAACCAGUACAACAGCUAUUAUGAGUUCAAGAAGCAUUACUUCAUGCAGAAAGAGGGAAUCAGCUUGCCAGAGUGUGGCUCUCCAUCAGAGGGCGUAGCUGAAGGGGAGAGUGACAGCAGCGGCAUUGGUAACUGUUCUUCUGACAAAAGGCUGAAGGACGGCAAGCUAAUGAAAGUGUCUUUUGCCCCGAUCUGCUUUGCCAUCAAGGCCAAAGAGAACGACAUGCUGCCUCUAGAGAAGAACCGCGUACGGCUGGACGAUGACUCCGACGAUGACCCGGACAAGUUACUAGGGGAGGAGGGUCUGGAGGCCCUGCUUGAUGGGGCAGCAAUGGCGGUCAGAGAGCCCUCUGCCCCGAUUGCCCCAGAGGAGAAGAGACCCACUCUCACCCCGGAGGAACUGGAGGCCAAACAAGCCAAGCAGAAGCUGGAGGACCGCCUGGCUGCGGCUGCCAGGGAGAAGCUGGCCCAGGCUUCCAAGGAGUCCAAGGAGAAGCAGCUGCAGGCGGAAAGGAAGAGGAAAGCAGCAUUGUUCCUCCAGACCCUCCGGAACCCCCUGACCGGAGAGCCUGAGACCCCACGCCUAGAUGAGAACCCAGCAAUGCCAGAGCUGCCAGAGGUCCCAGUGGCCCCCGUCAUCUCAGCCCCCCCACUGGCUUCCAGAGCACCUGUGUACCCAGCUAAUCCAAGACCCCUUGACACCAGCGCCUUCAAAUGCAAAGAGCCUCCCUCCUCUUCCUCCCUCCUGCCACCCUCCUCCGCUUCGUCGUCUACCACCAGAGGACCACACAGUGAUCGGGAACGUGGGAAAGGGGACAGAGACAAGAAGAAGAAGAAGCACAAGAAGAAGUCCCGGUCGAGAUCACGCUCCCGGUCGCGGUCUAAAACCAAGCACGCCCUGCCCAGCGCAUACAGAUCGGUCCGCAGGUCCAGGUCUCGCUCCAGGUCCCCUGGUAAAAGGGACAGGGGAGAUAGGAGAGCUCGCUCUUCUGAGAGGAGGCGUGAGGAGAGGGAGCGCUACGGACCUGCCCCGUAUCGCCUUGGCAAUAGCCCAGCUCUGCCCAGGAGGCACUCCAGAUCCAGGUCCCCUCAUGAGAAGAGAAAGAGUUCUAAGAGACAUCUCCAGGCCAAGGCCUCCUCCUGUUCCCCCUCUUCUUCCCCUAGUAGAGCCAAGAAGUCCCCCAGCGCCUCCCCUCCCACCAGCCCCUCCAGGGGCGGCUCGCAGGGAAAAGAUAAACAAGUGUCGUCAGCCAUCGUCUCCUCUGUGCAGUCCAAAAUCACUCAGGACCUGAUGGCCAAAGUGCGUGCCAUGCUGGCUGCCUCGAAGACCUUCCAGCCUAACACUUCCUGAAGAGGUGUCUUACGAGCAGCUGAUUGGAAAAUGGGUGGGGCUUCACCGCGUCUGCCUCUCCGUGACAACAGGCCCUCGUCCAGUCAGCAGGCAGUGUCUUUGCGCGGAACCGUGUUUUACCUGGAACUUUGCAGCUUUUAUCUUUCUCUUUUAUUUUAUCUUUGAUUACUUAAUUGGCCACAUCUACAUUAUAUUCUUAAUGACAGUAAAUGUUUAGGGUUUUUAUCAACUAGGGUAUAACAAGUAGAUUACCUGUUAAACCAACUAAGUUUGGAAGCCUCUAUUCCCAACAUCUGUUUUUGGCAUGAAAUAUGACAACAGAGCUUCAGAUAGAAUAAUUAAUUAAUUAAUAACAUUGGAAAAACUAAAAAGCAAAUUCGGAUUUUCUCCAAAGUAAUUAUGGCGAUAUUUCUGGGAUAAUUGUUCAGCUGCCAGAGGUCCUGGAUACUAUCCUUCUGUGAAGGAUUGUUUAGGUAAUUUCUCUCUUUCUCAACUCUGCUCUCUCUUUCAAUCUUUUGCCAGGUCAGUUUUAAAGCUGGGGUCUUUGGUUCCUCUCUCUGUUGUCACUCAGUUCCAGUGUGUGGCCUUCAUUUUUUGUUUCUAAGUUUGUACAGGGCUUAUUGUGGAGCUGCUUUCUAACACAAACUGUCAAUAAAGUUUGAUUUAUGAUUUAGCCCUGUGUUGUGUUCUCAAAGCAGGGAGACUGUCUGGUACCAAAAGGCCAGGAGUCACCCUCCUACUCAAUUUAAAUAAAUUGAUCUCAACAAAGA